AUGUCCUCCUCACGUCCGAACGAAACAUCUUAUGAGCUUCCCUGGGUCGAAAAGUAUCGACCCCACGUUCUCGACGAUGUAGUUGGUAAUUCAGAAACCAUUGACCGUCUAAAAGUCAUUGCAAGAGACGGAAACUGUCCCCACAUCAUAAUUUCGGGCAUGCCCGGUAUAGGCAAAACUACUAGUAUACACUGUCUUGCACAUCAACUGUUGGGAGAUGCGUAUAAAGAAGGGGUUUUAGAGUUGAACGCUUCAGAUGAACGAGGAAUUGACGUUGUUCGCAACAAAAUAAAAUCAUUUGCGCAGAAGAAAGUCACUUUACCUCCUGGUCGACAUAAGAUUGUCAUCCUCGAUGAAGCAGACAGUAUGACAGCAGGUGCUCAGCAAGCAUUGCGACGUACCAUGGAGAUUUUUUCCAACACUACCCGCUUUUGCUUAGCAUGUAACAUGAGCAACAAAAUUAUCGAGCCUAUACAAAGUCGCUGUGCCAUUCUAAGAUACGCAAAACUGAGGGAUGCAGAGAUCUUAAAGCGGUUGUUGGAGAUCUGCGAGCUGGAGAAAGUUUCUUACAAUGACGACGGAUUAACAGCGCUCAUCUUUACAUCGGAAGGUGAUAUGCGUCAAGCCAUUAACAAUCUACAGUCCACGCACUCUGGUUUCGGUUUCGUAUCUGGCGACAACGUCUUCAAAGUAUGCGAUCAGCCACAUCCAAUCAUCGUACAAGAGCUCGUCAGGUAUUGUAUGAAAGGCGAUGUCGAUAAGGGCAUGAAUAAGCUCAACGAGCUUUGGGAACAGGGAUAUAGUGCCGUGGAUAUAGUGGUGACGAUAUUCAGAGUAGUCAAGGCUUUUGAUGAGCUUCCGGAGUAUACAAAGCUGGAGUUCAUAAAGGAGGUUGGGUUCACCCACAUGCGCAUUUUGGAAGGCGUUAGCACGCUGCUUCAACUUGCUGGUCUUGUUGCUCGUUUGUGUAAAAUGAGCCUCAAACCCGAGCUUUUCAAAGUUUGA